GCAACACUGUGAUAACAUAUAAAUGCCAGACGAUCUAGUAAUCAGCUGUUUUAUGGCUGUGUCUAGAGCAUUAUUCAUUAGUACUCUGCUAAUGUUGAUCUCGCCUGCCUGGUAUUUUGCUAUAACUAAGGUGAUAUCAGGAAAGUGUUCGGCAAGAACAUUCUCUGCAUUAUUCCUUACUACAAUGGUACUUGUUAUGGUGACAUAUCUAAUAUUAGAAAUGACAUUUAGACUUUAUUUAUGGUUUGAUACCCAUAUGCGCUACCUGGAUAUUAUAAUAGGUAUCUUCUUGAUACAUAUAUCACUGUACGCCUUAAUUGGUGUUGCUUUCAUGAUCAGAUUCCACUUAUACGCACAUCGUAUCGAAGUAGUCUUGAUAUUGACAGCUGCUAUAGUUCCGAUGGUAAAUGGAUCUAUUCGUCUCUCGAAGGAUGUCUUUGUCGAUCAAACAUACGUCAUCUUGCAAGGUGUCGAGGCACUGUCCUACAUAUUAAUACUUUUCGUAAAAGCCUCAAUGGCUCUCCAGUGGGAGGACUCCCGGUUUCCGAGACAGACAAUCAACACACGUGAUGUCGAGAACGUUCCAAGCGUUAACGUGGGUGCAAUUCUUCCAUGGAGAGUGACUAGCUCCCAAACCAUUGCAUACCCGAAAACAGUCCUUGGAUCAUAUCAUUUCACAAAUUUAGAGAGCUGCAAAGACCUUUAUAGCAGCGAGGUUGGCACCCCAACUAGUAGUACCAAAGAUCCAUUCGAAUAUGACAACACUAGAAGUGCUACUAUGCGCAGAAGUAAAAUACAACCCUCGAUAGCGAUAAAUGACGAAGAUACUCCAGAUUCAGUAACAGCAAUCCAAGGAACGAAUAUUCCGGUGGCUGCCUAUAUUAUUCAAACACAUCUAGAUGAUAAUUCUCAAUACGAUGACUAGCUGCCAUUAUUCUUGCCCAGUAUGAGAUACACGUAUUGACGCUACAAUCAAUAAAUAGCUUCGGAUAUACCGAAUUAUCUCAAAGUAUUAUUAUGAAAGCUGACUGUUUAGUAAAGGUAUGCUGCAAAUUUUGAUUUCUUGUCCAACAAGGCAUUCGUCACAACUGAAGCUUCACCAGAAUGCUUGUUAGUCACUU